AUGGUGUUUUUUGGAUACAUGAUUUUCAGUAUCUUACUUGGCCUUCUAGCGGACAGAUAUGGUCGCUUGAAGAUUCUGACAAUCUCUUUCAUGUGGGGGGCAUUCUUUUCCCUGCUCACCUCCUUUGCUCCAUCGUACAUCUGGUUCGUGUUCCUGCGGUGCAUGGUGGGAUGUGGAGUCUCAGGUCACGCACAGGGACUAAUUAUUAAGACAGAAUUUCUGCCCAAGAAAUUCCGGGGUUACAUGUUGCCUUUGUCACAGGUCUUCUGGUUGGCUGGGUCUCUGUUGAUCAUCGGAUUGGGCUCAGUGUUAAUUCCCACCCUAGGGUGGCGCUGGCUCGUUCGUGUUGCCUCCAUCCCUGGAAUUAUUCUCAUCCUUGUGUUUAAAUUUAUUCCAGAGUCGGCUCGUUAUCAUGUGUCAGUGGGAAAGAACCAGGCGGCUAUGGAAACCCUCCAGUGGAUAGCCAACAUCAACCGCUCCACAAUGCCCGAGGGCACCAUAAAGGAGCCAAAAGCAGAGAAAACUGGAAGUGUCUGUGAUCUCUUCCACAGGAAAUAUUUGCGAACAUCUCUUCAAAUAUGGGUGAUCUGGCUUGGCAUCUCGUUUGCAUACUAUGGAGCCAUCCUUGCCAGUUCGGAGCUUCUGGAGAAGAAUCUUCUGUGUGGUUCUGGUCAGCCCGGUGCUGUAGAUGAAAGGGAUUUGCCUGAGGAAAGCAAGAGCCCAUGUAACUGUCACAUGCUGAGCCCUUCAGACUACAAUACAAUGCUGAUCAGCACCGUGGGGGAGAUUGCGCUAAAUCCUUUUAAUAUCCUGGGAAUCAACUUACUUGGCCGUCGCUGGACCCUCGGAAUCACCAUGUCAACCACUGGAAUAUUUUUCCUGCUCCUCAACAUCUGCAUGUCAAGUUCUGGUCUGAUCGCGGUUCUCUUCUGCCUACGGGCCUUGGUGUCGGCCAACUUCAACACCAUCUACAUUUACACCGCCGAGGUCUACCCAACAGUGAUGAGGGCCAUAGGUAUGGGAACAAGUGGAUCCAUCUGCCGAAUAGGAGCUAUGGCCGCCCCCUUUAUCUCCCAAGUCUUGCUGAGCGUGUCCCUAACUGGAGCAUUCUGCUUAUUUGCCUCGGUUUGCUUCGUCUGUGCCCUUUCAGCUUUCACGUUGCCAAUAGAGACCAGGGGGAAAGCUCUACAGGCAACAAGUCAAGUGAAGGCACCAAAGCAGAGAAGACUUUUAUUUGAGGAUCUUCGUAUCAUCUUGUUACUUGCACGAGUUAUUUUACCCGACAUGUUUAAGGAAGAAAAUGUUAAGAACCUGAACGUUCUUCAAAAGAAAAGCUGA